AUGGCUUUUGGUCAACACACCACUGGGGAAGAGGUAGUUAAGUCCUUGACUGGAAGGACAGAAGGCAAAACUUUCAUCAUAACCGGCCCCUCAGCAAACUCCAUCGGAGGAGCAACAGCCAUUGCUCUAGCUCACGGCAAACCCAAGACACUCUUCCUCACCGGUCGAAAUCCAGAGAGGAUCAAUCCUGUAAUCGAUGAAAUCAAGAAAAUCGAUUCCAGCAUUGAUGUGGUGUUUGUGAAGAUGGACUUGAUGUCUCUGAAAAGCGUGCGAGAAGCAGCGGCUUUUAUCACAGCUAGUGGAAAAGCCGAGAAAAUACAUGGUCUUGUUAAUAACGCUGGGAUUAUGGCUACUCCAUUUGGGCUUACGGAGGAUGGCGUGGAGCAGCAGUUUGGUGUUAACCAUCUAGGUCACUUCCUACUUACUAAUCUGUUGCUUCCGAAUAUUGUGGCUGCUGGACCUCACGCUAGGGUUGUCAAUGUGGCGUCUACUGGUUACGGUGUCGGAGACGUUGCAUUUGACAACAUCAAUUUCGAUGAGGGGAAAACUUAUCAUCCUUGGAAAGCAUACGGCCAAUCCAAAACCGCGAACAUCUUAUUUACGACCUACCUCUCCAUGCACUUGAAAUCCAAAGGGAUCGAGGCAUUUGCUUUGCAGCCUGGUAUGCCACAAACAAACCUCUACAAACACACAAUUGCCGCAACCGAUCCCAAUGACCCAGCAUCUUUUCCAGCCGCAUUCGCGCUCAUCCAAGCCCGAUAUCCCGAUGGCGCUCCAAGUGGCGACCUCAAAGAGGAUGAGAAGACCGUGGAAACAGCAUCCAGCACACCUUUGUUUGCUGCGCUUAGUCCAAGUCUUGAUGGUAAGGAAGCUCCCGAGAGUACUUGUUUCCUGAGAAAUUGUGUGGAGUUCCCGGUUCUGGACUAUGCUAAAAAUCCGGAGGAUGCGGCGAAGCUGUGGGUGUUGAGUGAGAAGCUUGUUGGGGAGAAGUUUGAAAUUUAG